GUGCGUUGCUCUGCGACGGCGUUUGACUGAUGUAGGGGAUGACCAGGGUAAGGUGGCAGGGCCCAUGCAGCAGCCCCAGUCCCAGCAUCGUGACCGGAGCCUGGGCUCGGCCAUCAAGGACUGCCCCUACUGUGGCAAGACCUUCCGCACCUCCCACCACCUCAAGGUCCACCUGAGGAUACACACAGGAGAAAAGCCGUACAGAUGCCCUCACUGCGACUACGCCGGGACACAGUCUGCCUCUCUGAAGUACCACCUAGAACGCCAUCACCGCGAACGGCAGAAUGGUGCCGGGGGCGUGGCCUCCUCCGGUCACGGCCCCAACUCUGAGCACAAGGAUGAUCAUGGGAAGGGCAGCGGUGGCGUCUUCGCCCGGCCUGAUGUCCUGCGCGGAGUCUUCAAGGGCAUGCCGUCCAACCUGGACUUCCGGGGCGCCCCACUCCUGCCGCAUCAGUGGGCCGCGCCAGGCAUGAUGUCACCGAGAGACCGCGAGAGAGACCGCGAGAGAGACCGCGAAAGAGAGAGGGAUCGCGACCGCCACGACGCGUCCUCCUCUGAGAGCAUGAAAGGCACCGACGGCCCCUCCUCCUCCAUCGUCAGCGACAGCCCUGCCAGCUUCUCCGACCUGGGCCGGGCCUACCAGAGCAUGAUGGGAAAUGGAGUCCACUUCCAGGGCUCCCUGCAGGCCUUCAUGGACAGCUUUGUGCUGAGCUCCCUGAAGAAGGACAAGGAGAGCCAACAGCAGCAGCUCCGCUCCCAGCACUACUAUGACAACGGAGAGCCCAAGGCCAAACGCCCGGACCCGGGAGACGAGCGGGCCGAGGCCAAGCCCUCGGAGCGACCCAAACCCGGGUCCCAGUACGAGCCCCUUGACCUGUCGGUGUCGGUCCGGCCCGACCAGGCUUCACUCCCUGGGUCUUCUGUCACCAUCCAGGACAACGUGGCCUGGCACAGCUGUCUGUUCUGCUCCUUCUCCACAGCCUCCAUGGAGCUGAUGGCUCUCCACCUGCAGGCCAACCAUCUGGCCCGGCCGCAGCGCGCCGAGGCAGGCAAGGAGCUUCACGGAGACGCCUCCAACCACCCCCUGUCCACCUCCACCCCCAAGGCCCCAACCCUGAACCCAGGCCUGCUCCACGACAGAGAGGGUGACGAGAAGAGCUGGAGAAACCACAUGGAUUCACACCCUGGCCUGGGUAGCUACCAGAGCGACUUUUACCGGCAGUAUGGAGGCAUGUAUGAUGGCGCCUCCAGGGCACAGGGGUAUGGAGCUCCAGGGGUAUCCGUCCCAGGGAUAGACCUGCCCAGCCAGGCCCCAGGAGGAGGGGGUAUGGCUGGGGAUGAGGCCUCUGACAGGGCCUCCUGCGAAGAGGCCGAAGACCAGGGCCAGUCCGAUGAAGAUGAAGGAGGAAGGGGGGCCGAACGCAACAUCACCCCCCUCUCCGCCACGCCCAAGAGACAGCACUCCGACGACGAGGAGGACCACGAGAUGGAGGAAGAGGACGGCGGGGAGGAUGGAAGGAUGGAGAUGGAAAGAGAAGAUGACGACCUGGCCAGCGAUCGAAUGCCCAAGCAGAACCAGAACCAGACAGAGUCACCUCCCCCACGAGACGCCCUGAGGUCAGGAGCUGGCUCCUCCUGUCUGAGCCCCCAGGGCCCCUUCCUUCCCCAUGCCCAGAACCAGCCUCCAUCCCUGGAGAAGCAGUGGCAGCAGGGCCUGGGCCUGCUCUCCUCUGGGGGAGCCCCCCCUGGGCUGCUGAAGCCCGAGCAGGCCCAUCUUGAGCAGCAGAUGAACAUGCUGUCUGUCCUGAGGGCCUACAGUUCCGACAACCUCGCAGCCUUCAACGGCCUGGGGAGCAGCUCCAACACGGCCGGGGGAGGCGCCGGUGCCAUGAAGAGGCCCGAUGCACCCGGUCAUGGUGGGGGCCAGAAGCCUUUCCAGUGCAGGUACUGCCCCUACGGUGCCUCUCAGAAGGGCAACCUGAAGACCCACGUUCUCUGUGUCCAUCGCAUGCCCUUUGACAACAGCCAGUACCCCGACCGGCGCUUCAAACGUUCCCGUGUCGAUGCGGACCCCUCCGGACCCUCGGAGGAUGGCCUUGGGACCAGUACUGCUACAAAACAUCAUACAUCUUACAGAAGCAUGACCUCACUCGGGGACUUCAUCUCCGUGGAGACCACACGUAACCAUGAGUGACAACACCAAGGUGUACUGUAGCUUUCUACAGAGUACUUCCUCGGAGAUGCCCAUUGGCCAAUCAGCAACGGCAGUGCACAUUCCUAGGAAGCACUACAUCAUUGUUACUUUAACAACUCUUAGCCAACAUACACACAUAUCAGUGUAAUGUAUACUCUGGACGUUCCAUUACAAUGAUUCCUAUAAGCUAGUUUCGACCAUAGGGAAAAACAAUGGACCUGGAGUUGUGUUUUAGGGAACACCUCCAAUGCCCAUUAUGCAAUGUAGAUACACAAUCCUCAAUCUUCGCAUUAUGAAGACAUUUAAACGAUAAUUAAGCAUAUGAUGAUCUACAUUUAUUAAGUUAGGGUUAAGGAAGUCUGCUGAGAUAAGAACUGUGAAUGCAUUCUAACUGAGACCAGGACAGCUAAGCAGGAUUUUAUAAAUAUUAACUAAGUGCAGCAUGAACUUAUAAGUAUUGUAGCCGGUGGAGAGUACUGGAGAAGACUAAGAGAUUAAAAGAUCGAAAAUCAUUCAAGUGACUUUCCCCCCACAAAAUAAUGCUUUUAUAAGAAAAAUGAUCCUUAGGAACGAUUUAGCGACAGUUGGAGUAAGAUGGAGGAGGGCUGUUGAACGCACCCCUCAGAACAUGACACCGCCGACUGCCAUUUGCCCAGGGCGAGUGAUGAGUAUGGAGGAGAGGAAAGGAGUACGGUGUGUGUGUGUGUGUAG